GCCUGUGUUCAUUAUAUCGUUUAUGACAAACAACAGAUUUCGCAAUGAGAGUAAUUCAUUCAUUGGGAUUUGUUGUUUUGUUCGUAAAAUAAUAUUCAUUCAUUCACAUCCAGUUCGUUUACGCUUUAAUUUGUAGUGGUGUUUCAUUUGACGACCUCCUGUACUACUAUUACCAAGUAAUGUACGCACAAAAAAUGGAACUUGUCCAAUCAACGCAGCAACGAAAUGCCCGAGGAAGUCUUGUCGUUCGUGGCGGUCUAGACGGACAUGGAGGUGAUACCAAAAUGCAACCGAGUCAAUUAUUUUACUGUGGAGAAAAUCGACAAGAGUGUCGUUGUAACGGAUGUGAUGGAUUUUGUGGGCCUACAAAUGGCUGUCCGUGCAAUUCGUGUGUUGAGCUGUUGAAUUUUAAAGUAAAUAAAUUGCAGCAUCUGUGUCGUAAAGGAACAGUUGCGAAUGAAACGGUAAUCGGCCAAGAGAAUAUAAAAGUUACCGACCUAUACUACUGUGGCCGUACGAAAAACCAGUGCUACUGUGGCUCGUGUGAUGGUAUAUGUGGACCGAAUGGUUGUCCCUGUUUCGAUUGCUUGGAAGUUGUCGGUAUGAAAGUGAAUCGAUUGGGACAUUUUUCUAAAAGAGGAUUGAUCGGCAUAAUGGCCUUACAUUUGCACACACCUUCGUCGGAACUAUUUUACUGUGGAAGAGUAAAGAAGCCGUUAGUCUGUAAAAUUUGUGUUGGAGUCUGUGAUCCUACAAAUGGUUGUCCUUGUGUUGAUUGUUUUAAACUCUCGGAAUUCAGAAUCAAUCGUUUGGGCGAUGUCUGCCACAAAGGAUAUUCCAUGAUAAGUGGUGGACAUACCGGAACGCGAUGCAAGGAUUUAUUCUACUGUAACAAAUCUAAAAUGCAAUGCCAUUGUGGAAAUUGUGACGGAAACUGUGGACCAACGAACGGUUGUCCCUGUUUCGACUGUUUGGAAUUGGUCGGAAUGUUGGUUCUUCCUGCAAGAUUUACUAUGCGAAUCUGCAAACGUUUGCCAACGUGCCCUUGUGAAAUUUGUAAAAAUUAUACGAGACAAGUGAGAAAUUCCCAUGGCAACAUUGCUGUUAAGGGAGACAUGGGAGGAUAUGGCGGUCAUACAAACAUUGAUUCAGGAAAACUAUACUACUGUGGCAUUGUUCAUAACGACUGCCUGUGUGGCUCUUGCGAUGGACGAUGUGGUCCCACAAACGGAUGCCCCUGCUCAUCUUGCAUUAAACUUUUCCUGGACGAAAUGCCUCCGUCCUGGAAGAAACCUACAUCCAACGAAAUAUUGCCUACAGACAACAGCAGUGGAAGCUCUUCCUCUUCAGCACGUUCAGCUGAAGAGAAUAAGUGUGUUAUUUGCUUGGAUAGCGAUAAAACUACGUUACUUGUUCCGUGUGGUCACUACGCAUUCUGCACAUUGUGUGCGAAUGGAAUUGUCGAAUGUGCGAUAUGUAGAGCUCGAAUCGAGAAACGAGUCAAAGUUUUUGAAAGUUAAAUUGAUGGAAAAUAUAUU